AUGGCUUUGUUGACGCCAUUAUUCGCUUUUCUGUACCAUCUACCGCAGGUGUACAAGUGGCUGCUGAAGCCAUAUUAUGUAGCAUCCCUCUUCAUGUCUAUAGCAUUUCUAGCUGUCCGCAAAACGCCCGGCAUCUGUGACCGUCUGGCCACACAGCGAGAAGACGGCAACUCCUGCGACUUCGACUGGAGAGAGGUGGAGAUCCUCAUGUUCCUCAGUGCCAUCGUGAUGAUGAAGAACCGCCGGGCGAUAACUGUGGAGCAACAUGUGGGCAACAUCAUCCUGUUCAGCAAAGUGGCCAAUGUGAUCCUGUUCUUCAGACUGGACAUCAGGAUGGGGCUGCUCUACCUGACGCUCUGCAUAGUGUUUUUGAUGACCUGUAAGCCUCCUCUGUACAUGGGACCCGAGUACAUCAAAUACUUCAGUGACAAAACUAUUGAUGAUGAACUGGCGAGAGACAGCCGCGUGACGUGGAUCGUCGAGUUUUUUGCCAACUGGUCUCCAGAGUGCCAGUCCUUCGCGUCUGUGUACGCUGAUCUCUCUCUCAAGUAUAACUGUGCUGGCCUAAAGUUUGGCAAAGUGGACAUUGGACGCUAUGGAGAGGUUUCCAAAAAGUACAAGGUGUCAGCAUCUCCACUCUCCAAGCAGCUUCCAUCUUUGGUGCUGUUCCAAGGAGGGAAGGAAGUUAUGCGGCGCCCUCAGGUGGACAAGAAGGGCAGGGCUGUGUCGUGGAGCUUCACUGAGGAGAACAUCAUCCGAGAGUUCAAUCUGAACGAACUCUACCAGAAAUCCAAGAAGCUCAGCAAGACCAGAGGAGACAAGGUCAGCCAAUCCCAGUUCCCCCCAGUGCCCGAGGAGGAGGAGCCAGAGCAGCAGGGAGCUGAAGCCCAGGGGGCGGAGUCUGAAUCCAAGAAGGACAAAUAG